GACACCAGUCAGACGCACCAGUGGGGUUUAAUAAGGCAGAACGGAAGAUUCCUUUGGGUUAGUGCAGUGUCAUCAUUGCCACCUCCUUGGUGUUUGUGUCGAUAGGACAGUGCUUUCCAGAGCCGUCAUUAAUAAGGCAAGAUGAUGAACAACUAAGAGCCAUGCGAUUACCGUAAGCACUGUAAAGAAAUGCAAUGUCAUAUAAGGAAACAAAAAGUAAUAUCAGUCUAAUUAUUGUUUAAAUCCGACCAAUAGGCCAUGUUACUUUCGAUAAAUAUGUUCUAGCCUAAGUUAUAAUUUAUCCAAACAGCCUACUCACCGCGGUGGUGAACGUUAGGUCUGUUUAUGGGUGAAACUUUGUGUGAACAUGCCAAAGGGUCAAAGGGUGACUUGAACAGCGGAGUUCCCCUCGGCUAUAUUUAGAGCAGGACAACCGCUCGCAGUCUAGGCAUACCAAAGCCGCAGUGCAGGCGUGAAAUCGAUGCAUGUAGCCUCCAGAUGAACCAUAGUGCAUACAAACCUUAAAGAAAUAACGCUGAUUACAACUAUUCAAUUGGACUUUGGAUCGUUCAGCUUUUUGUAUGAAAGAGCCAGUAGAGGCAACUUUGUUGUUUAAUUGUUGUCAAAUGCACCCGAGAUUGAUGACUAUUAAUGUAAUAUGAUAGGCUUUUGCUCUUCAUAUUUGCAAUGAGAUCGAAGUUAACGUAGCCCUAUAACUCCAAAUUGAAAUGAGUGUUUAUUAUGUUAAAUAUUUAAUAGGCCUAACGUAUUCCUAUUAUUAUUAAUGGUAUUAUAGUUGUUGUUAUAAUAACUAAUCAUUAUAAUAUUAUUAUAAUAAUAAUUGUUAUAUCUAUUUGACUUAUUCACUCAUAUAAGACAGUGUACUGUGUAACCCAGGCUCGAUGUAGGUCUUAUUUACAUUUGGAUUGUGAGCACGUGUGAACGCCUAUAGUCUCUUUGUCCACGGCUGGUACCCCUCCGCGCGUCGCUGGUUACGACGCUCAGGCGGCUGCAGGAGCAUCUCCUCUCCUCCUUGUAAAGGCGCCACUGAAAGAAGAUACAAAUCUGCCAUAUCAUAUUGCAUCUUAUACGGGGGGACGUCACAAGACGCGAGGCCAACUUCUGCAAGCGAGCGUACACACGCCCUCGUAGCCGUAGACUCCCGUAGCCACGCAACCGCCGCUCACGUAAAAGAGGAGAGAAUGCAUCUUUCUUUUAAGGGUGUGUGUCUCAGUGUUUCCCCCUCGAGUUCCUGCCUUGGGGCGAUGCCAUGGUGGUUUCUUUCAGAGGAAGGCGGUUUUAUAAUUUCUUAGUGGUUUUUAGGGGUUGGUCAGUAGCAUCGCUGGUGCUGAGGAGACCCAUGCUGUGUGGUUGUUCGCUGUCAAUACAAACAUGUCCCCGGCAUCCGAGGCAUCCGCGGCCAGCGAGAGCAGCAACACCGACACAGUCCCCGAGGAAGAACCCACGGCGGAAAACCCACGAGAGGAGCAGUGGCCCGUGAAGCAGUCUCUCGCCAAGUCCUUCUGCCGCGAGAGCCACUGGAAGUGCCUGCUGCUGUCGGCGCUAAUCUACGGCUGCGUGGGCACGGUGGCGUGGUGCAAGGGCCGCCCGCCGCUGCUCUACGACCCCAGCCCCUGCUCCCACGGCUACCUCUCCAUCCCCCUGGCCUUCCUGCUUAUGCUCUACGUGGUGUACCUGGUGGAGUGCUGGCACUGCCACGCCCGCGACCACCUUCAGUACCGCGCCGACGCCGACAGCGCCGGCCAGCGCGUGCUCCGCAUGCAGCGGGCCACGCCCUGCGUCUGGUGGAAGGCCAUCAGUUACCACUACGUCCGCCGCACGCGCCAGGUCAUGCGCUACCGCAAUGGCGACGCCUACACCACCACGCAGGUGUACCACGAGCGGGUCAACACGCACGUGGCCGAGGCCGAGUUCGACUACGGCGACUGCGGCGUGAGGGACGUGUCCAAGAGCCUGCUGGGGCUGCGGGGCGUGGCCGCCGCCCGGCUGCGCUUCACCAAGUGCUUCAGCUUCGCCAACGUGGCGUCGGAGAACUCGUACCUGACGCAGCGCGGCUGCUUCUUCGCCGACAACGAGGGCCUGGACGACUACAUGGAGGCCCGCGAGGGCAUGCACCUGAGGAACGUGGACUUCAAGGAGCACAUGCUGGUGUUCUCCGACCCCGACCGGCCGCCCUGGUACGCGGCCAGCGCCACCUUCUGGGCGGCGGCCGCCUUCACCCUGUCCUGGCCGCUCCGCGUGCUGACGGAGCACCGCACCGCCAGCGUCCACUACCACGUGGAGAAGCUGUUUGGCUUGGACUCGGCCGGAGCGGGGGCGACGCCGCCCUCGGACGCCGGGGAGCGGCCGUUGGGUCGCGGCGUCCCCCGGGUCAACACGGUGGACAGCACGGAGCUGGAGUGGCACAUCCGCUCCAACCAGGGGCUGGUGCCCAGCUACUCGGAGGCCGUCCUUAUGGACCUGGCCCAGCUGUCGGGGAGCCGCGACAGCUACCCGGCGUGCGACGGCGACGACGGCGGAAACAACAGCAGAAGAGGCUCCCGGCACAACUGCGACCGCUGCCACCGCGCCGUCAGCAGCUCGUCCAUCUUCUCGCGCAGCGCGCUGAGCGUGUGCACCCGGGCCAGCCCGCGCCUCCCCUGCAGCGCCAGCCGCUUCUCCCUGGGCCGCCUGUACGGCUCGCGGCCCAGCUGCCUGGGGCUGAGCAGCGGCAGCCUGGAGGAGCCGCGGCCCGGCGGAAGCCUGCGCUGUCUUUGCGACGCGCAGCGGCGGGGAUGCGGCGGCGGCGGCGGCGGCGUGACCGACGAGGCCGCACCACCCCCGGACUACCAGGACGCCCUGUGCUUCCCCGUGCUCAUCGUGCACCGCGGGGAGGGUUGCCCGGGGCACGAGCAGCACGCCCUGAACAGGAACGGCUCCUGCGUAGAGACCUCCAUUUGACCCCAAUGCCCCAACCCCCUCUGCUGCUUACUGCCCCGUCCCGCUGAGCAAAGGAACAAAGGGAUGGCGAGCUUGCUCGUAUUGUUUUUAUACCUGGCUUGCCUUUCCCCUUUCAGCCAAUACAGGGUGAGGAAGGCCCCACUGGACUGGGCCUGGAUGGACCUGCAGAUCUCCCAUGUAUUUGGUUUACUACAAUGUUUGUUUAAUUCCAAAGCGGUUAUGAAGGACAUAAGGGUCGUUGCAGCAGCACAGCAGUACAGUACACGAAUGAGUCAGCUUUACAUUGUAGUUAUGAUGCUCUGAGAAGGGCUGCGAUCUACUCCAUAUUGUAAAUAGAGCACAGCUUCUCGUCCGUCUUAAGUUUGAGUAACCAAAGUGACCUGCGACCUCUGUCUAGUGAUGUCAAGCAUCAAAUCAUGAAUCAAUAGCUACAAUGUUUAGUAUUGUUUUUCAUUUGAGUCAUUUCAGUCACUCAAGUGUAAGUCCUUAUAAUAAUUAAUUAAUUAUAAUAAAACAUUUAUAGUUCCAAAGUCAUUGAAAGAUUGAGCUGUUUGUAUAUGGUGUCUUGUUCCGCAAAAAGGAUUAAAAAAGGAACUUAACAAUAGUACCCGAUACUGUAUUCAGACAUUAAUUCAAUAUCAAUUAGACAACAGUGACACGAUACUUCCUGAAUUCUAAAUAUAGCAACCUAAUCAAUUACUUAUUGAGUAGAAGGGAGUGGAGAUAAAAGAAAAGGCGACACACCAAAAAUCGUAUCAACACACAUUUUUUUUGACAAAUACCCUUUAUCCAACAGUGAUUCAUCAACCCAAGGCCUCAUCACAAACGACUAAAUGUAUUGUUUUGACAGGCGCCAUUGAACUUCAUAUUUGGAAAUAUUUAUAAUAUUGCAGUUUACCUCUUUGUUUAAGUAUCUAACAGCCAUCCCUAAAAGAUUCUUGUCGAUUAAUUUCUAAUAAUAAUCCAUUAUCAACUUAUUAAUAUUAAGAGCUAGAACAGCUUCCAACAUAUACAGACACUGGGCAACAAGAACCAGAUUCUUGAAAAAUAACCAAAUAAACUCAGUGUCUGCUGAUGUAUAUCAGAGAGAUGGAGAGAGAGAGAGAUAGAGAGAGAUAGAGCGAGAGGGAGAGAGAGAGAGAGAGAGAGAGAGAGAGAGAGAGAGAGAGAGAGAGCCUGACAAAGAGAGUCAUCCAUCAAAGAACCUGGGAUUGACACUCCAGCAUUACCCAAAUAAAAUAAAACCAGACCAGACAUCCUUAUCUGUAACAAACAAGAAACAAACUAAAUAUGUAUGCCUUGGGUGUAUUAUACAGUUCAUUUAAUUCUCCGAACCCUGGGUCCUACUUAUUUUAAAUCAGUGACCUGUAUUACUUGUAUGUAUAAAAAAAGGAGCCUGGGUAAGCUGUGCACUAACUCACUCAUCUUGCAGUCAGAGGGUUUGCAGUCAUUCGAGGUUACCCUGUCACAAUUGCCCAUGAUCCUAACAAAGGAAAAAGGCUUUAAGUUAAAGGUCAGUCUGAAACUAUGGACUUAAUGUCCGCAUUUUCCUCUUCACUCAUCGGGCUUGCCUCUGUGAUAAGAGCCUAGUGAAUAACAGCAGCCCCCAAAAUCUCCUGACUACCGUCAUAUACAGUUGAUCCUGGACUAUCUGACAUCAAGUCUCUCGAUAACUCUCUCACUCUCUUUUAUUAAAAUUACAAAUUAUUUUGCAACAACAGUGAUAUGGUUACAUGACAAGCCAACAUAAAUGUUUACUGUAAGCUGAUAUUCGGGUGGAGUUCAUGUUACAACUGAAGGUGUCCAAAGUGAAACCAUUCGAUGUGUAGAUGACCCAGACAUGCAAAGCUACCCCUAAGUAGUUCAUUUUUUGGCGGAAAACCCCCUUGCUUUAUAACAUAACCUAGCAGCAUGAUCUGUAGCUCUGGAGCUGCUUUUUUAUACGAGUAAUAAGGAAGUCCGAUUAGAACAAUUGUACCUGGUGUACAAGCUGAAUGUUGAUGACGAAUUAUAAACAAGUUUCAAACCAGUUUGUAUCAUCAAUAUAUUGUGAAGCUGGAGUCUGAAAAGUGAUAACUAAAUGUGUAGUUUUUUAACAGGGCACAUAUGUAUUAUAGAAAACUAGCAUCUGGAUGUUUUUCUUUUGUUUAUGUGCUUUUAUGUAGCUUAAACAAAUUUUAUAUGUGUUGUAAAUUAAUUUUGAUACAGACUUACCUCAAAAUGAUCAUGAAACAUCUUGCCUGUUGCGAUACACACAAUCGAAAGCCUUCCUUUUUGCUUGUUGCUGCACAGUAAAGGAUGUCACUGUUCUACAGCAGGUCAGUUACAUUUCGAGACAUAUGUCUACACUGCCACCAUGUCUACUGUACAUUCCCUCUGAUAUCAGGCAAGGGUCAUGGCUCAAAUCGGGACACUCAAAUAAAAUAAAACCACCCCAU